UCAAUAUCAUCCUUGACAUAAGUCACAUAUUCUUACUGCAUUGUUUUAAUAUUUUUCACUCGUUUAUAUGCACGGCAAAUAGAGCUGGACUUGAAGAAACGGAUACCCACAGUAAAGCCUAGAAACCUACACGCAUCAUCGAAAACGAAGACGUCUUAGGGCGCGGUCAGUUUAAACAUGAUGGAAUCACUAAUGGCUUGCCUCGCCCCUUGCCUCGGACCUUGUUUCGGUCAUCAAAGCCGAACAACCGAGCUUUCCUCAUACGAUGAUAGGCACACUAACAACAUACGCGCAAAGUUCAAGAAGCCUCCUAAGUUUGUGGUCACCGAUACUCCAAUCGAGAUGGUCUCGACGCCAGCCGCAGCUUUUACUGCACUUGCCCCAUCCUUCAACAUACCGCCGACAGCAGUCGUGCCCGUGCGCGCUGCGACAACAGCACUGAUGCUUGGGGAGCUCGGUGAACUUUUUGAUAAGGUUGACGAGAUGCUGUCGGACCCUGGUAUCCAGUACGCGGUUUGCGGUCUGACAGCCCUUGUUUCCUACGGAUUCGCUGGCCGCGGUGCUAGCGCUGUCUCUAUUAUUGUACCUGCUUCAUCAAAGGAUGUCAUCCGUCCUUGGAUCAUGGCAGCAAGCAACGGCAAGACGAGCUCAUCACCCAACGGCUUCGAGGUAAGGAUGCGAAACGGUACGAAGCGAAGCGUCAAGAUCAAGUGGACAGAAGACCAAAAAUUCAAUAAAAUGGGCAAGACGACAUCUCCCAUUAGUGCUAGAGGUGCCAAGGUACUUGUCCUGCCCAGUCUGCUGGAGCAAAUCGCAAGCGCGUUCAAGAAGGAGUGUAGUAAGGGCGUUCCUGCGCAAAACAAGAAGGUCGAUACAAUUGCGGAGGACAUCUUCUGGAUCCUAGAUUACGCCGUCGAGCACAACAUCGCCCUGGAGAAAACCUACCUGGGGGUCUUCCUCACGCUGGACUUUUGGGGCCCGUUCCAUGAGUAUAUGGGCGAUCAAACAUAUGUGGUCAUGCAGCUCUGUACUCAAGCGAAUCUGCCAAUCGCAAAGGCGUUGGAGGAGGCCCGGCGACUUAGUGUCGUUCGGCAACACGAUCAGCUGCUGGCUCAACAUGGGGCCCAGCCAAUGGGCCCUGUCGACAUACAACCCGGGCCAUUCCAAGGGAUGAGGACACUGGGGAGGGAGGCGGUUCCCAGCAUGUAUACGCUGAAGUCGAAGGACUCGCAGAGCGAUGUGACUGGACCGUCUGUUGGGCGGUCUUUAACAAGGCCGCCCCAGCUCGAUAGCAAGUUGAGUCAUCAUAAUAGGGUGAGUCUUGAUGAGGGAGUGAGACAAAACUCUGCACAAAUACCCCCCUCUAGGGGAAGCAGUAAGGGUGUCAGGCCUGCCAGAAACGUGCACCAGGUCAGAGCUAGUGUAGAUCUCGUCGAUGCUCGAAACGAGCGACCUGAUGGGUGGUUGUAAAAGCCUGAGAGAUAUGCCAAUAAGUCUUAUUGGCGGUAAGUCAAGACAAUCUUUGGUUACGUUGAACCAUAAUAUCUGCAAACUAAUGCUAUGUUUGGUUAACAUAGUAUACCACGAAUAUAUGUGUUAAUCCAUCAUAAAGCGGCGUCUUGAACUAGAUUUUGCUACUUGGAAUUUUAUUUUAUAGAGC